UUAUCCACGUCCACCGCUACCCCUGAAGGACGGGACGUUUGGCGGUAAUUUUAAAACCCUAAACCCCAAACGGGUGAAGAAAUGCAGGCUCCUUCCACCCUCAACUCUCAUUGCAAGCUCGAAUUACCAGGAGUAGGGUUUCAUCCAGUUCAUUUGAAGCUGCAAGUUCAGCCAUGGAAGAUAUACCGCAGUUCAAAGUUGCAGAGAAUGAAUGUAAAUGGGAGAACUAGGGGAAUUGGGGUUUUUAAUGGGGGGAAGGUUUCGGCAUGGGACGAGAAACCAUAUGAUUUGUCGCAGAGUGGGAGGAAGGUUUUUCUCGAUGAGUUGGACAUUGUUACACUGGUAGAUUCACCUAAAGAGCUUAUUCCAUUGGACCCAGAUUCGUAUAAUCCUGCUGCUUAUCUAUGGAAGAAGAUUGCAGAUAUCCCAGAGGAAAGAAGGCACCGGUUGCUUCGCUUAUUAAAAUCAAGGCACAUUUCUAGGCUCUGGGAAAUGGCUGGCACACGUUAUGGGGACUCUAAGCUAGUGAAAAAAAGUGCAUCUGACUUGCUAUCUUUUGAGAAAAAUUCAGAAGUGCUUGAGUAUUGGAGUUGCAAAACUACCGGAGUACCUUUGCGAUUUGCUUGGGCAAAUGAUUUCAAAAAGGCUGUAUUUCGUGACAAUGAUGGGGAUGUAUGUGGACGCAUUUUUCCUGGUGGAUCCUUUCUGGCAAAAAUUGCAGAUUCAUUCAGUCCAUUGUACUUCACAGUAAAAAAUAUUAAAGAGGUGAUGGCAACAGAGCAACCUUGUGAUUUGGCUUAUGAAUUUGGGGAUGGGCUGUUGAAUCUAUCCAAGUAUCCAGAAGGCUUCCCUAUGCCAGCAAAACACCCAUGGCCAUUCAGUGAUCAUAUGGUUAUCUAUGUGCGACAUAUGGGACCAGGAAUCUUGGUUGGGCAAGCAUGGCAGGAAGGGGAGAAACUUGAGCAGGUUCCUAAGAAGUUCUGUGGAGAAAUAUUGAUGGUGAAAUAUUACAAUGGACAUGUGGGGGAUUCACUGGAAGAUUGAAGGCUCUACUUGGGCUAUACCUUCACCAUUAUCAUUUGCUUUGAGCACAAUGAAAACGUACUUUGCAAAUGGAAAGAGUGCUAUUGUAUACAUGACUAGUGAGAGUCCCCCUAACACGUCGUCCUCUGCAUUGAUUGGGGCCUUUGUGAAGACAUCACUGAAAACAUAGAGAGGGCUCGUGCCUAGGUCACCGUACACCACACCGAGGGUUUGAAAUGCCAAGGCCAGGGUGUGCCAUGAGGACAGCUCCUGAGAUACGGGAAACAGAAUUUACAUACAUCUUUUAGUGACACCAAUAUCUUAAUGGUAAAGAUAGUACUUGAAAUCUCUCUCUCUCUCUCUCGCUGAAGUUGAUGUAAACACCUGUUUGCCAUAGAGUUUUUAGUGAUGAACCUCUCUCUAUCAAAUGUUGAUAUACAGACCUGUUUUGCGGUGUGUUUAA